UUCCGCAAGGUCUCCAAGCCCCUGAUGGAGAAGAAGAGGCGAGCGCGCAUCAACGUCUCUCUGGAGCAGCUCAAAGCGCUGUUAGAAAAGCACUAUUCCCACCAGAUCCGGAAGCGCAAACUGGAGAAAGCCGAUAUCCUGGAGCUGAGCGUGAAGUACAUGCGAAGCCUACAGCAUUCUGUCCAAGGGCUGCUGCCUCCGCCGCCGACCAAGAGUGCCGACUACCAGGCCGGCUUCCGCAGCUGCCUGCAGGGCGUGCGCCAGUUCCUAGUGAGCUCCGAAGCGUCCGGCGCUGCCUCCUCCUUCCUGCUGCUCCACGACUUCGCCCGCGCCCUGCCCGCCUCGGGCGCCUUCAGCACCACGGACAGCGCCCCGGAGGCGCGCCUCGCUCCCCGCUGGCCCAGCCCGGGGAAGGCCAAGCCGGCCAAGGCGCCGCCAGCCAGGGGCAACCAAGCGCCCGUCCCGUCGGGAGCGGCUCGGAGGCAGCCCGGGAACGACGCCACCAGCAGCCAGCGGGGCCCGGGCGGAGAGGUCCGGCUGUGGCGGCCUUGGUAA